GGGCCAGGGACGCUGCGGUUCCAUACGCGCAGUGUUCGCGCUUAGUGGCAGGUGCUCGGUGCAGCUGGAAGCUCGCCAUGGAGGCCGAAGCGUCGGAGACCCGUGUGAGGGAAGUGGCGGGCGAUCGCGUGUCCACACUUCCAGAAGAUAAAAAGAAGUCGACGCCUGAUGUACUCGAACUGAAGGAGCGAAUACAGCAGCUGCAGACGGAGGCGGUGGAGCAGCUGGAGCACAAGCUGCAGCAGCUGGUGGAGGAGGCGCUGCGAGUGGCAGAGGUGCCGGCCACGCCGCCCUCGCCGUCCUACCACCUGCUCUACGACGACGCCACGUACCGCAACAGGACACUCCGGCCCAGUUCGGGAGCGAUGCCGGAGAAACAGUUCCUGCCCAGAGAGUCGCUACUGACGAACCUGAUGAGAGUGAAACACCUCCACACCGUCUACAACAUGUUCGUGGCCGUGCUGCUCAUGCUCUUCCUGCACACCGCCGUCUACGACCUCGUCACUGACGGGCAGUUGAAGCUGGGCUUCUCAACUAUAUUUUGGAAUUUUGGUGGACUGCACAUUGUAAUGGCAACCUGGGCCUCCAUGCAACUUGCAGUAUUUGCACUGUUCAUUGCAUUCUGUCACUGGGCAUCAUUUCGCAUUUCAUUGCCUAUUUCUGGAUUUCAGAGACAACUUCUGGACAAUAGUGCUCUGAUUGUCCUAAUUGCCUUCAAAGUUGGUUUCCUGGUGCUCCCAGUAUGUGUUAUACAAUAUAAUCAGUUACCUCCUAUCUCAGUUAUGAUCCUCCUUUGUGAGCAGAUGCGAAUGAUAAUGAAGAGCUAUGCAUUUUUACGAAGUCAAGUGCCAAAAGUUAAAAUGUUCAAGCCUCAUAAUGAUGCAACAGAUGUCCUACUACCUGACUUCAACCACUUUGUGUAUUUCAUGUUUGCUCCAGCCCUUGUUUAUAGAGACUCAUAUCCAAGAACUAAGGAGAUCCGCUGGAAGGUGGCAUUAUGGCAUCUGACAGAGGUUUUUGGAGUAAUCUUCUUCGUUAGCUUUUUGUUUGAACGCAGCUUGGUACCCAUGUUCAGAAAUUUUGGAAAGCAACAGCUGUCUCCUAAGACAAUGGUUGUAGCCAUUUUUGGUAGCAUGGUUCCUUCACUUACUCUAAUGCUUAGUAUAUUCUAUUGCAUUCUUCAUGCCUGGAUGAAUGCAUUUGCUGAAAUAACAAGGUUUGCAGACCGCAUGUUCUACAAGGACUGGUGGAAUGUUAAUUCCUAUAGAGCCUACUAUCGGAACUGGAAUGUUGUUGUCCAUGAUUGGCUGUACACAUAUGUGUACAAAGACCUGAAGGAGCUGCUAGGUGGCAAAAGACAAACUCUUGCUAUACCUGCUGUUUUCUUCCUGUCUGCAAUUGUCCACGAGUACAUUCUCACAUUCAUGUUUGGUUUCUGUUAUCCAAUGCUUUUCAUGGCCUUUGAAGUAUUUUCAGUGGGUCUGAUGUUUGUAUCACGUGAUCAGCUGCCAGGUAGCAAUCUUUUGAUGUGGUUGCUCUUCACAAUAGGAACAGGGCUUCUUACCAGCCUUUACAUGAUGGAGUGGUUCGCUCGACGCCACUGCCCUCAAUUUAUUGAUUCUACAUGGGACUUCUUUGUGCCAAGGUCAUGGUUCUGCUCUCCACUCACAUCUGAAUAACAAUGAUUUGUGUACCAUAAGUUAAGCAGGACCUCACUUUGAAGAUUGCUCUCAAAAGUUGUGGAUACUCAAGAGAACUAACUUUUAAGAAUAGAACUGACUUUUAAAACGAGAUUAUGUCAGUGCACCAGAAUAAAUUAUUUUUAUAGUGUAUAUAUACAGACAUUUUAAUUGUAUUCUAGUAAGUCCAUUUUGUUACAAUAUGCAUAGUUUGUUGCAAUGUUAACUCUGUGAAGAAUGUGACUGUGAAAGUUGUACAUUCUGUAUGUAAUGUACUUUUGCACUUCUGUGGUGUGAAAUGUUUCUAUGUAUAUGGCAUUUGUAACGUU